AUGCUCAUCGCCAAAGUCCCAUUCCUCAUUGCAGGCACACUGGGUGUCUACACCACCUUCACCCCUCCCCAGCGAAGGGCCGUACAAGGCGAGCGCCCGAAGUCCCUGAGCGCCACGCCUCUCGCCUAUUCUCCUCUGCAAAUUGCUGACGAUGGCCGGUGCGACCAGGCAGUCACCUGCGCCGGAGGGCUGCUCGAGAUUGCCGUCAUCCUGGCAUACAGAUAUCCCUCCUCUCCUGCAUCGCGAUCGGUACUGGCCGUGCUAGUCAACGGCCCGACGUCUUUGGCCUCCCAAAUCCACUUCUCGCCUGCAUUCUACAUCGGCACUGCGCUCGCCGUCGCAGGCGGAAUCGUCCGGUAUCAGUGUUACCGCACGAUGGGCCGCUUCUUCACUUUCGAGAUUACCAUGAGGAAUGGCCAUCGGCUCGUUACGACCGGCCCGUACGCGUAUGUCCGCCACCCGUCGUACACAGGCUGGCUGGUCGCCAUGGUCGGCCCAGGGAUCUGUUGCGCCAGUCCGGGAUCGUGGUUCCGGGAAUGCCGCAUCUAUGAGACGGCUUGGGGAAAGUUCGGAGCGGCGUUGUAUGUGUUCUUCUGUCUGCUGUCUCUGGUGCCGGCCGUCGUGCGCCCUCCGACAGAGGAUCGGCUGCUACGAGAGCAGUUUUGCGAGGAGUGGGAUGCGUGGGCACGGAGAGUCCCGUACAGGCUGAUCCCAUAUGUGUACUGA